AUGCAGGAGGCAAAGACGCUCGCAUAUUUCGCCUCUGUGUGCAGUAUCUUCGCAAUUAUUGCUUGCGUUGUUACUGUACCAUUCCUCUAUGGAAUCAUCAAUGAGAUGCAUGAUGAAGUAAUCGGAGGGGCAAACGAAUUCCGAGUGGAAACCGAUGCCGCCUGGUAUGAGGUGAUGGAAAUUCAGCUGGAGGUUACACCCCCAAGCAAACCAAUUGAAAAUCCUUUUAUGUCAAUUGCUCGUCGGAAGCGUCAGGAUUUCUCACAUCUGCCAGCUCACUGCGUUUGUGAGCCACUGAAGGUGUCUUGCCCACCUGGACCACCAGGACCAAUGGGAGAACCAGGACCUCCAGGACGUAAGAAUUUGAAAUUUUAG